AUGCAGCAGCAGCAGAUGCAGCAGGCGCAAAUGCAGCAGGCGCAAAUGCAGCAGCCGCAGAUGCAGCAGCAGCAGCUGCAGCAGCAGCAGAUGCAGCAGCCGCAAAUGCAGCAGCAGGCAGGGAUUGGUGGCGCAUACCCAGCCAUGGCGAUCGUGGUGCCGGUUCCAGUUCCGGUCAUGGUCGUGGCCCAGCCGGCAGGGGAAGGAGGAGCUCCCAACGCAGGGACUGCGCCGAUGGUCUCGUAUUGCGGUGCACAGGCCAUGGAGCCGAACGCUGAGGCAUCGGCUCGGUUUCGGAAGCCGGAAGCCUCAGCUGAGGAAGGACAACAUGAUGCGAUGGUAGCCGACGAGAGCCAAAGCCUCGGCACCGAGCGGGGCCCACGGUUUUGUCGACUUCAAGACGGGGGCCCUGCGGACUCCAGUGAGACGCCUUCUGCUUGGCGCCUUCGGCCGGAGGACGAAGGAAAGGAGCUGACUCAAGCUGGCGACGGCAUCGAAGGCCUGCAAGAGUGGCUCCAGCAAGCGGGCCUGGGCGAAUUCCAGGAGGCCGUGUCUGCCUGGUGCAAAGACAUGGGCGCGAUCUGGCUUUCAGAGGUGCAAGAGAAUGCAGAGGAGCUUGCGGACCACCUGCAGUUGUGCCCCGCAGAAAGGCUCGCGACUCUGGCAAUGGUGCCACAAAGCUGUUCGGGCUAG